CUUCCACUAUAGGUUGCACAGAGCAUUGAGGAUCAUCAUCAAGAAGUAAUUGCUUUCUGCAGAGAAAAAGGUUUCCAUGGUUUGGUUGCGUAUGACUCCGAUUAUGCAUUGUGCAACAUCCCUUACUAUUUCAGUGCCCAUGCCCUAAAACUGAGCCGGAAUGGGAAAAGCCUCACAACAAGCCAAUACCUAAUGCAUGAAGUUGCCAAGCAACUGGACCUGAAUCCAAAUCGCUUUCCUAUUUUUGCUGCUCUUUUAGGUAAUCAUAUUCUACCUGAUGAAGAUUUGGCUUCCUUUCAUUGGAGUUUACUUGGUCCAGAACAUCCACUAGCUUCACUUAAGGUACGUGCUCACCAGUUAGUUUUACCACCGUGUGACGUAGUGAUCAAAGCCGUAGCCGACUACGUCCGGAACAUUCAGGACACCACCGAUUUGGAUGCCAUAGCAAAAGAUGUUUUUCAACAUUCACAGUCUAGAACAGAUGACAAAGUCACUCGGUUUAAGAGAGCAGUUGCAUAUUACUCAGCAACUAAUAAACCUAUGCCAUUUCAUCCACCACAUUACCUAGCAGCCAGACCGAAUCAGUUUGGUAUGCCUGGGAUAGUGCCACCAUAUGUUCCUUCUCAGAUGCUUAACAUUCCACAGACCUCACUACAAGCAAAACCUGUGGCCCAGCAGAUGUCCAAUCAGGGUGGGACCCAAGGCCAGGGUCCAUACCCAUACAGCCUCUCUGAGCCAGCCAUCACCUUAGAAACAGGUGGAAAAAGUCUUUCUGAGCAGAACAACUACAGUAACAUUCCUCAUGAAGGAAAACACACACCAUUGUAUGAACGGUCUUCUCCAAUAAAUCCAGCUCAGAGUGGGAGCCCUAAUCAUGUGGAUUCAACCUAUUUUCCUGCCUCUUCUACAUCUUCGUCCUCUGACAACGAUGAAGGCAAUGGGGGUGCAGUGAACCAUGUCAGUGGGAACAAAAUAGGCUGGGAAAAGCCGGGAACCCAGUCAGAAAGUCAAGCACGUGGAGAGCUGGGAGACCAAACCAAGGCAGAAGGUUCCUCUAGUGCUUCUUCAGGAAGUCAGGCAGCUGAUGUCAAAGGGAAUCAAACCAGUAAUCCACAAAUCCCAUGCCUGUUGUCCAUGCCCACCAGAAACCACAUGGAUAUUACUACCCCUCCAUUACCUCCGGUAGCACCUGAAGUAUUACGAGUGGCAGAGCACAGGCACAAGAAGGGGUUAAUGUAUCCCUACAUCUUUCAUGUUCUAACCAAGGGUGAAAUCAAAAUCGCCGUUUCUAUAGAAGAUGAAGCCAACAAGGACCUGCCUCCCGCUGCUCUCCUGUAUAGGCCAGUGCGUCAGUAUGUUUACGGAGUCCUGUUUAGCUUGGCAGAAAGCAGAAAGAAAACUGAAAGGCUUGCUUUUAGAAAGAACAGACUUCCACCAGAAUUUUCACCGGUGAUAAUUAAGGAAUGGGCUGCUUACAAAGGCAAAUCUCCUCAGACCCCUGAGCUGGUGGAAGCCCUGGCCUUCAGGGAGUGGACCUGCCCAAACCUGAAGAAGCUGUGGCUGGGCAAAGCCGUGGAAGAUAAGAACCGGCGGAUGAGGGCGUUUCUGGCCUGUAUGCGAUCGGACACACCAGCAAUGCUCAACCCAACUAACGUGCCCACUCAUCUUAUGGUGCUCUGCUGUGUGCUAAGGUAUAUGGUACAAUGGCCAGGGGUUCGCAUACUGCGUCGCCAGGAACUUGAUGCUUUCCUUGCCCAAGCAUUGUCUCCAAAGCUCUAUGAACCUGACCAGCUUCAGGAACUCAAGAUUGAGAAUCUGGAUCCCCGUGGAAUCCAGCUGUCUGCACUAUUUAUGAGCGGGGUGGAUAUGGCCCUUUUUGCCAACGACGCUUGCGGACAGCCGAUUCCAUGGGAGCACUGCUGUCCCUGGAUGUAUUUUGAUGGGAAGUUAUUCCAGACCAAGCUCAUCAAAGCCAGCCGGGAGAAAGUUCCGCUCAUCGACCUCUGUGAUGGUCAGGCUGAGCAGGCAGCCAAGGUUGAAAAGAUGCGUCAGAGCAUCCUAGAAGGAUUAAAUUUCUCCAGGCAGAACCAUCCUCUCCCUUUCCCACCUCCACCUGCCAUGCCUUUCUAUCCAGCUUCUAUGUAUCCUCGACACUUUGGGCCAGUCCCACCACCUCAGGGCAGGGGGAGAGGCUUUGCUGGAGUCUAUGGCUUCGGAGGCCCUUAUGGGGAAACAGUAGCCACAGGCGCUUACCGGGCCUUCCGGGUGGCAGCAGCGGCAGGACACUCCGGAGCCUUCUCUGGCAAUGACAGCAACAGGACUAGCAAGUUUCAGGGCGGAGUCCAACCUAUUCCUUCUCAGGGAGGGAAACUUGAAAUUGCCGGCACUGUAGUCGGCCAUUGGGCUGGAAGCAGACGUGGACGAGGGGGGAGAGGGCCAUUUCCUCUGCAGGUGGUGUCCGUGGGAGGACCAGCCAGAGGGCGUCCCAGAGGAGUUAUCUCCACUCCGGUGAUAAGAACUUUUGGAAGAGGUGGAAGGUACUAUGGGCGAGGUUAUAAAAGCCAGGGAGCAAUUCAGGGCAAACCUCCUUACGCUGCUUCAGCAGAAGAAGUAGCCAAAGAACUUAAGUCAAAAUCCGAGGAAUCUAAAUCCUCACUUGUGUCUUCAGAUGGAUCCCUGGCUGAAAAUGGAGUUGUGACUGAGGAAAAACCAGCUUCCCAGAUGAAUGGGAAUACAGGAGACAUCAGGGCUUCCAAUCAGUCUGAAAGUGCCUUGAGUAAUGACUCUAAAAUGUGCAAUACGAAUCCUCACUUAAAUGCACUAAAUGCAGACAGUGUUUGCCAUAAAGAUGAUGCUCUUGAGGCCACUGUCUUAAAAAAAGAAGAGUAAACUUAUUUUUUAUAGAGGGUGAAGGAUGUUGGGAAGGGUAAGGAUUAGGAAUAUCUGGAAAGAAAGAGAGCCUACAGUUACGUACAUUUUUUCCUUUCCGUAAGAGAAAAAUGAGGACUUUGGAAAUUCGGAUCCCUCUUUGAUGUCAGAGAUUUAAACAACACAUUUUUUUAGUUUUAACCAGUUGUAGUCAAAAUGCUACAAUAAAACAAAAAAAAAAAAAA